AAAUUAUUUUUUAUUUUUAAAUAGUAACUAUUUAAACACUAUCGAAAAGUAUUAUUCAAUUAAAAAUAAUUAUGAAAUAUUCAUUCAGUUUUUUAAUUAUGUUUUAUUUUCUUGUGUCAUUUACAUUAACUCUAAAUCCUGACGAAUCCAAUGAUAAUGUCAGCUUAUCAGAUUCUGUUCUUAAUGAUGAAACUGACGAAGAAAUAAUUCUUUUUAAAGAAAAAUUCAAUCUUAAGAAGAAUACUAAUGGCUAUGUUACCUCAGAAGAACUUGCAAUCAUUAACGCAUCUGAUCAAAUACAUACUGACAAAUCCAAUAAUAAUGUCAGCUUAUCAGAUUCUGUUCUUAAUGAAGAAACUGUCAAUGAACUAAAGUGCCAAUUUAAUCUUAAGAAAGAUACUAAUGACCAUGUUACCUUAGGAGAACUUAUAGAAAUCAUAAAUUCAUUUGAUCAAUUAGAGAUUGAUGAAGAUGAUGUGCAGUUUUAUGUUAAAACAUUAGAAUAUAAGAAAGAAAAUUAUGAUUUUGAAAUAAUUUUAAAAAUAUUAUUUGAGGAAAAAUUAAUAACGGAACAAUCUCAAGAAAUAAUUAAUUUAUUUUCUCGAUUUUCUAAAGAUGGCAUCAUUGAUGUUAGAAUAGUAGGAAAUUUGGCAAAAUCAACCAAAAGAAAAUUUAGUAGAACUUUAAAAAUAAAAAUAAAAAAAGCACUUGAAAACAAUAAUGGUAAACUCAAAUUUAGCGACUUUGCAAAUUUGAUGCACGCAUUGUAUACAAUGAUAAAUAAAUAAAAUUUGCAUAGUAAAUUUUUUAUUAAAAAUUGUAUAAAAUAUUGAAAUGUAAUAUAAUUUAUUUGCUAAGCUUUUAAAAUAAAUAAAUGAUAAUAUUUGUCACUCAUCUUAUCAAAUCAUAGUAUAGAUAAAGAAAAACUCCAUUUAGAUACUGGAAGAGGGUAUAAUAUUUGUGAAGAAGAUCAUUUUAUAUUUUUUUAGUUUUACCAUUGAUAUAUUCAUGUGUGUUAAAAUUUAUUUGGCAUUUGUAUAUCAGAUUAAUUGUUUUACUGUACGUCUGUUCAUUUUUGAUUAAUAUAUUCAUUCUUAAUACUUUUA